AUGUUUCGCAUGCUGGGAGCCGCCGGCCGCAAGGCCAAGGGAGCGCAGGCAGACAUCAAGGUGCAGGAGAGCAACGACGGCCACGAGGUUGAGAAUGACGUCGAAACCAAGAUGAAGAAGGAAGAUGCCGAUCCUGCGUAUAAGAAGAACGAUGGCCGCCACGAGAUUGACGAUUUUCUCGACUACGUUAAGGUCAAGUUGGAGGAUCUUGAGCUCGAGGACGAGACAAAGCAGAGUACCCCUCUGGCGAAAACGGAGAACAUCAGCCCGAAGAUGGAGGAGGUCGCCGCUCCGAAGGAGAAUUUUACCCCCAAGAAGAAGAACUACACCUCUCAGACAAAGUCGGAGAAGAAAGCCGAGAAUGCAGCGAUGUUCUUCUCUCAGUGGGAUGAGUACUUUGGCAAGAGCGAACUCGCCGACUGGCAGCGCCUCUGCCGCGACCUUGGUCUCCCUGACGACUUGCCCAGCAAGACCCAAUGCCGCAAGGUUAGUACUCUCCGCCCUUACAUCGGAACCCUCUAUCGUAAGACUGAGCUGACCCCCGUUCCCUCCUGCGAUGUGAAGGCCCUAAGCAAGGUUCAUGUGAACAUCAAGCAGUUCCUCGACGCCAUGAAUGGAGGUGGAGCGAUCAAGCUCUUCCAGAACGUACGCCAGCUCGCGCAGUACACCCGGAAGACAGGCCUCUGGAUGCCCAAGAAGAACUUCCCCAAGGGACACCCCCUCGGCCAGCUCCGCCGCGAGAUCACCAAGUACUUGGGAUGA